UAAAAUUUAAGAAACUUUUCACUAUUUACCUUCAUUUAAAUAAUUGUGUAGCUGAAUAUACUAAAGGGGUCUUUGAAAAAAAGAGAAGAACAAUUUAGUUGCAAUGUCAACAAGAAGAUAUGCUUUUGGAAGGUUGGAUGAAGCAAACCAUCCAGAUUCCAUAAGAGCAACAAUAGCUGAAUUCAUCUCCACUUGCCUCUUUGUCUUUGCUGGAGAAGGCUCUGCCCUUGCUCUAAGGAAGAUAUACAAGGAUGCAGGGGCAUCAGCGGGUGAGCUAGUGGUACUUGCACUAGCUCAUGCAUUUUCACUAUUUGCUGCUAUAUCUGCUAGCAUGCAUGUAUCUGGUGGCCAUGUUAACCCUGCAGUUACUUUUGGUGCUCUUCUUGGUGGUAGAAUCACUGCCCUUAGAGCUGUCUACUAUUGGGUUGCUCAACUUCUUGGUUCUGUAGUUGCUUCCCUUUUAUUGAGGCUUGUCACUAAUAACAUGAGACCACAGGGCUUCAAUGUGGCAAUAGGAGUAGAUGUAGGGCACGGCCUUAUACUUGAGAUAGUCAUGACAUUUGGUUUAAUGUAUGUUGUAUAUGCCACUGCCAUUGAUCCCAAAAGGGGUUCUAUAGGCACAAUUGCUCCCUUAGCAAUUGCAUUUGUUGUUGGUGCAAACGUCUUAGCUGGUGGGCCUUUUGAUGGAGCAUGCAUGAAUCCUGCUCGGGCUUUUGGGCCAGCUUUAGUGGGCUGGAGAUGGCAUUAUCAUUGGAUCUUUUGGGUUGGCCCAUUACUUGGAGCUGCAAUUGCAGCACUUUUAUAUGAAUAUAUUAUUGUUCCAACUGAUCCUCCUCAUACGCAUACUCAUCCUCAUCAUCAACCUUUGGCUCCUGAAGAUUAUUAGUUAGUUUAAUGAAUUAAUGUCUAUUAUGUAAUGUAUGUAUGUAAGAUUACUGUUUUUCUUCUCAUUUUGCUAUGUUGCUUCCAACUUCCAAUUAAGCUUAUGUAGUAUGUAAAGGUUGUUUGUCCAUGGUACUUUUGAAUAAAGUGAGUCUA